CUCGUAAUGCCAUUAAAGAUGAGCUCAAACUUAUAGACCCAUUGAGCUCUUCAAGCAAGAUGUCCCCCAUUGAUAUCGAUUGGGAUAGCUCCAAUAGGAUCUCACCUGUCGACAUCUAGAUGUUAACCCUACAUUCCCACUACAUGCAACAUUAUUGCUUUCUCAGCGUUACCCUAGCUAGCAGCUCAAUGCUCUAUUUUUCAUCGCUGCUUCCCAUCUACUUUUUUUUUGUUUGUCAUCGUAUUUUUUUCAUGCAUCAAAAAGCAUUACAAAUUAUCAAUACAUUGUUGGCAGGGCCACAUUCUGUAUGUUACAAGAAAGAAAAAAGAAAUUAUGACAGUAGAAGAGAAGGGGUAUAGCAAUUGGUGAAGCGAAGGGGAAUUAAAA